CGUGCACCCGCUUCCGGGCCCGGUCGCCAUUUGCCGCGGUUGCGAGACCUCACGCGCUGUGGUCCUCGGGGACAAUGAGCGAUGACUACCAUCAGAACUGGGGCCGCGAUGGUGGGCCCCGCAGCUCCGGCGUGGGCUAUGGAGGAAGCCAUGGGAGGGGCCAUGGAGGGAAUCGGGGCUCCGGCGGCAGCGGCGGCGGCGGCGGAGGAGGUGGUGGUCGAGGCGGCAGAGGCCGACAUCCCGGGCACCUGAAAGGCCGCGAAAUCGGCUUGUGGUACGCGAAGAAACAGGGACAGAAGAACAAGGAAGCGGAGAGGCAGGAGAGAGCUGUAGUGCACAUGGAUGAACACCGAGAAGAACAAAUUGUGCAGCUACUACAUUCUGUCCAAGCUAAGAAUGAUAAAGAUUCAGAAGCACAAAUAUCCUGGUUUGCUCCCGAAGAUCACGGAUAUGGUACUGAAGCUCCUGCUGAGAACAAAUCAAACUCAGAGAAGAAAUUUGAGGACCAGGAAAAGAAAUCAAUAAAUCAAGAAAAGAGGACAUUUAGAAUCAGGGACAAAUAUAUUGACCGGGAUUCUGAGUAUCUCUUGCAAGAAAAUGAACCAGAUGGAAGCUUAGACCAACGAUUAUUGGAAGAUUUACAAAAGAAAAAAACUGACCUUCGGUAUAUUGAAAUGCAGAAUUUCAGGGAAAAGCUGCCUUCAUUUGGAAUGCAAAAGGAAUUGGUAAAUAUGAUCAAUAAUCAUCAGGUGAUAGUAGUAAGUGGUGAAACUGGUUGUGGAAAAACCACUCAAGUUACUCAGUUCAUUUUGGAUGACUACAUCAAAAGAGGAAAAGGAUCUGCAUGCAGGAUAGUUUGUACUCAGCCAAGAAGAAUCAGUGCCAUUUCAGUUGCAGAGAGAGUGGCUGCAGAAAGGGCAGAAUCUUGUGGCAAUGGUAACAGUACUGGAUACCAAAUUCGUCUCCAGAGUCGGUUGCCAAGGAAACAGGGUUCUAUCUUAUACUGUACGACGGGAAUCAUCCUUCAAUGGCUCCAGUCAGACCCGCAUUUGUCCAGUGUUAGUCAUAUCGUGCUUGAUGAAAUCCAUGAGAGAAAUCUACAGUCAGAUGUUUUAAUGACUGUUAUUAAAGAUCUUCUCAAUUUUCGACAUGACCUGAAAGUAAUAUUGAUGAGUGCAACAUUGAAUGCUGAGAAAUUUUCAGAAUAUUUUGGUAACUGUCCAGUGAUACAUAUACCUGGUUUUACUUUUCCGGUUGUGGAGUAUCUUUUGGAAGAUAUAAUUGAAAAAAUAAGAUAUGUUCCAGAACAAAAGGAACACAGAUCCCAGUUUAAGAGAGGUUUCAUGCAAGGGCAUGUAAAUAGACAAGAAAAAGAAGAAAAAGAAGCAGUCUAUAAAGAACGCUGGCCAGAUUAUGUAAGGGACCUGCGGAAAAGGUAUUCUGCAAGUACUGUAGAUGUUAUGGAGAUGAUGGAUGAUGAUAAAGUUGAUCUGAAUUUGAUUGCUGCCCUUAUUCGAUACAUUGUUUUGGAAGAAGAGGAUGGUGCAAUAUUGGUCUUUCUACCAGGCUGGGACAAUAUCAGCACUUUACAUGAUCUCUUGAUGUCACAAGUGAUGUUUAAAUCAGACAAAUUUAUUAUUAUACCUUUACAUUCACUGAUGCCUACAGUUAACCAGACACAGGUGUUUAAAAGAACCCCUCCUGGUGUUCGGAAAAUAGUAAUUGCUACCAACAUUGCAGAGACCAGCAUUACCAUAGAUGACGUGGUUUUUGUGAUAGAUGGAGGAAAAAUAAAGGAGACCCACUUUGACACACAGAAUAAUAUCAGUACAAUGUCUGCUGAGUGGGUUAGUAAAGCUAAUGCCAAACAAAGGAAAGGUCGAGCCGGAAGAGUUCAGCCUGGUCAUUGCUAUCAUCUGUAUAACGGUCUUAGAGCAAGCCUUCUGGAUGACUAUCAGCUGCCAGAAAUCUUAAGAACUCCUUUGGAAGAACUUUGUUUACAAAUAAAGAUUUUAAGGCUAGGUGGAAUUGCUCAUUUUCUGAGCAGGUUAAUGGAUCCACCAUCAAAUGAAGCAGUGUCACUCUCCAUAAAACACCUAAUGGAACUGAACGCUUUGGAUAAACAAGAAGAAUUGACACCACUUGGGGUCCACUUAGCACGAUUACCAGUUGAGCCACACAUUGGAAAAAUGAUUCUUUUUGGAGCUCUAUUCUGUUGCUUAGACCCAGUACUCACCAUUGCUGCUAGUCUCAGCUUCAAAGAUCCCUUUGUGAUUCCAUUGGGGAAAGAAAAGGUCGCUGAUGCAAGAAGAAAGGAAUUGGCAAAGGAUUCUAAAAGUGACCACCUGACAGUUGUGAAUGCAUUUGAGGGCUGGGAAAAAGCCAGACAACGUGGUUUCAGAUAUGAAAAAGACUAUUGCUGGGAAUAUUUUCUGUCUUCAAACACACUGCAGAUGCUGUAUAACAUGAAAGGGCAGUUUGCUGAGCAUCUUCUUGGAGCUGGAUUUGUAAGCAGUAGAAAUCCUAAAGAUCCAAAAUCUAAUAUAAAUUCAGAUAAUGAGAAGAUAAUUAAAGCUGUCAUCUGUGCUGGUUUGUAUCCCAAAGUUGCUAAAAUCCGACUAAAUUUGGGUAAAAAAAGAAAAAUGGUGAAAGUUUACACAAAAACUGAUGGGCUGGUUGCUAUUCAUCCCAAAUCCGUUAAUGUGGAGCAGACAGAUUUUCACUAUAACUGGCUGAUCUAUCACCUGAAGAUGAGAACAAGUAGUAUCUACUUGUACGACUGCACGGAAGUUUCCCCAUACUGUCUCUUGUUCUUUGGAGGUGAUAUUUCCAUCCAGAAGGAUAACGACCAGGAAACUAUUGCAGUAGAUGAGUGGAUUGUCUUUCAGUCACCAGCACGAAUAGCACAUCUUGUUAAGGAAUUAAGAAAGGAACUAGAUACCCUUUUGCAAGAGAAGAUCGAAAGCCCCCACCCCGUGGACUGGAGUGACACUAAAUCCAGAGACUGUGCAGUUCUCUCAGCUAUUACAGACUUGAUCAAAACACAGGAAAAAGCAACUCCCAGGAACUUGCCACCACGAUUCCAAGAUGGAUAUUACAGCUGACAACUUUUCUGUGGUGGUAUGAAAAGCCAAUUUGACAGCCAUUUUCCAUCAUAGUUUAAUUUUUGGCUAGAUGCCGAACACUGGGACAUGAAUAAUUCUCAUGUGUAAGGUAGGAACCUUCAGUAGGCAGUGAAAACUGUGCAUGAGUUCACAAUGUUGUGUAUAGCUGUUAUAAAUAUGCCAUAAAAAACAAUAUGCUUUCUGAUCACAUGCUCUGUUGUGGUCAUGUCCACACUUUGGGAGUAUUCCUCUUAUGUAUAUUGAGUGUUGUAUCACGUGAGAAAUUCCUUUGUUCUGUUAAAAUUAAUUUUUCUGCCCAAAAUGACUGAGUAUAGUACCAAUAAAAAUAGAAUGGUUAACCAAAAAGUGUCAAGUAGGAAUUUGAACACAGCCACAUUUUUUAAGUGAAACUUCUGUCAGAAGUUAAUUUGUUGUAAUAAAACCCAGUAUUUAAUAAAAUGUACAGUGUGUAAAUCUCAGCUAACUUUUUGGCUUGGUUUCUACAUCUCCACCUCUCCCUUCAUUUAUUUGAUUUUUUUUUCAUCUUUUUAGAAUAUAUCCAUAACCCUUUUACAUCACCUUGUGCAGCAUAAUGUAGCAAUUGAGAACAUGGGUCUGGAACCUGACUACCUAAGUUCAAAUUUCAGCUCUGCCACUUCUAGAUAUCUUGGGCAAGUUACUUGGCUUAUUUCCUUCUCCUUAUCUAAAACACAGGCAACAAUUGUGAGGACGGAAUACGUUAAUGUACGUCAAGUGCAUAGAUUAGUGUCUGGCACGUAGAGUGUACUCACUGAAUCUUAGUUAUUUCUCCCUAAAAUAUUUUUUAAUAGGCUAUUGUAUUACACUUUUUUCCCUAUACUGUGCUAUUUUACCCUCUCAGCCAAUAGAAGGUAAUGUGACAUGUACUGUAUGUUUUUAACUCUAUCCAGUUGUGACAAAUACUACUGGCUGCUAUCCAACAACAGCCAUCCUGUCCCUCCCUUCUUUGUUUGCUUAUGUUCACGUGUUCCUGCUGUGUGCGGCCUUGUGCCCAGGGAUGUUGGACCCUGCACGGUCUUACGACUGUGUGACCCUGUCCUGGCCACUGGCCAGAAGAGAUCUGCCAGGAACAUCUGAGGAAAAUUUUCCUCACUACUAGACAUAGAGGAGGAAAUUCUGCUUUCCCCCUUUGGAGAUUGUCUUGUCUGAAUCUGGCACUGGGAACUGCGGCAGCCAUUUUAUGCACAAGGUUGGCUCAGUGGGAAAGUGAAAAUCAUCCGAGUCCUUGAUGAUGCCAGUGAGCUGCUGAAUUGACCAACUCAACCUGUCAUUGUUUUAGCCCCAAAAGGUAGGGUCUUUUGUGUAACUUGGCAGGAAGCAUGUUCACUGAAAUACACUAUUCAUUGAGCAUUGUUUGCUGAGGCCUCUGUUUCUACCAUUUAUUUUGUGAUCUAACAGUUUGACACAAAUGUCUGACAAAAGUGGUAGUACUGGACAUACUGCACAAAGAAACUUAGGAAGAACAUCCUGCUAUACCCUAGAAACGACAUAUUGUGCCUUCCAGUAAAUGCAGAGAAACCAAAGGAAAAGAGUAUUACAAGGGCUGAGAUUUACUGAUAAUUCUAUGAUGAUCGGUUAACAGCACUGGUUCUGGUACUGCUCCCAUUUCUGGGAACGUGUGUCCACCUAUCAUUGCCUUCCAAGAUUUUGAAUGUACUGUGUGUCCUAAAUCCAUUCUCUGAGCUAGUCUCCCAAAAGUGACCUGGAUCUCACUGAAUUCUUGCACUGAGUCAUGUCACAAUAUUGCACCAUAUUAGUUUUGCCCCUAAACUCAAGGUGACCAUUAGGUCCUGUUUGUUCUAAAGAGUGUGACUCUUUUUUGCUUUUACUAUACAGUCAGUUGGCCAAAAUGGUCUUAGCAGAAAGGAUUUUAAAAAUCUAAAAACAGAUGACUAGUUAAUUGGUUCCACGUUUGCAAACCCAUAGUUAGUCUCCAUAUAAAUGGUGAAAAUGGUCCUGAAGAAUUGUCCAAUGGUGAAAUUAUUCAAAGAGAUUAAGCAGUUACUAUCACCCCCAAUUUGUGUCUUCUCUAUAGCUCAUUAGGAUGGAAAUUUUAAUUGAAAGUAUUACCUAUGUUUUUUUUUGUUUUGUUUUGUUCACAAAAUAGGGUGUUACUAUUGAAAAUGGAUUACAGGGCUGAGAACUAUUUGUCAUUUGGUCAUUUUAAAGAAUAAGACAUGAAAUUAAGAAAAAAGUAUUUAUUUGCCUCACCAUUCUGAAUGAUACUGAGAAUCUCUUGAACAAAUAACCGUGAAACGGAAACUUAUGGAAAAAAUAAAAGAAAUCACUUAAUAAUGUUUACAAAGUGUCUUUGAAAAGUGAGUCUGUGACAUCUUCCUAAUUCUUUAAGUAGGGCAAAAGCUCUAGAUAAAUUUAUACCAAUAAUUACAAGUGAGUUUCUUACUGCAUUUUUAAAAUAAAGUCCACCCUAAAAGUUAGAAAACUAUAGAAAAGCUUUAGAAGGAAUUUAUUGUAGUACCCUCUUACCCAAAGUAAAUCGUAAUUUUCCUUCCACGGUUUUUAGCUGAGUUUGUGUGUAUUUAUUUUAUGAAAUUGUAAUCGUGUGGUAAUCAUAUUUAUAAUACGUUAGUUGUUUUUCAAUGGCAUUUUUAUUAUGAUUUUAAAGCAAUACAUCCUCAUCGAAUAUUUAAAAAUUUCACAUAAAAAAGCAUGUUACCCAUUUUGAUAUAGUUCUGUACUCUAAGCUUUAAGGUUUUUAUAUGUAAUAAAAUUAGCCAGUUUAAGUGUAUAAUUCUGUGAAUUUUGUCAAAUGUAUAAAGUCAUGUAAUCGCUACCACCAGAAUCUUUAUAUAAAACAUUCCCGUCACUUAAAAAUUUCCCUUGUUACCCUUUUGUAGUCCAUCCCCUGCCCCCACUCUGUCCACUGACAACCAUUGAUCUGCUUUUGGUCAUCAGUGUUUUGCCUUUUCUAGAAUUUCAAAUAAGUGGAAUCAUAUGUAGUCUUUUGUAUCUGGCUUUCCCUUCAGUGCUUUUGAGAUAUUUUGAGAUAUUUAUGUUGCUGCAUGUAUCAGUAGUUAGUUCCUGUUUUAUUUAGUAGUAUUGCAUUGUAUGAUUAUACCAGUUUAUUCAUUCACCAGUUGAUGGACCUUUAAGUUUGCUAUUAUAAAUAAAGCUGCUAUGAACAUGUG